AUGGUGGAUAUAGAUAAAGAACCUAUAUCAAACGAAAAUAAUAUUAAAUAUUUAAAAGUGUAUUCUAAUAUAUUAUUUAAAUAUACAGAAGCACAAGAGAAGAAAAAAGAAUACAUUGAUGUAGCUUUAUUGGGAGAUAAUAUAAAAGAGGAAAAGAGAUUUUUUAAAUUAAUAAAUAUUGAUAUUAUAUUAAUAAUUUUAUGGUUUUUUGUACUUUACAGUUUUUCAUAUAAUAUAGUAGAAGUACGAAAUUUCCAAAAUGAUUUAUCUAAUAAUAUAAAUGAGUCUACAUUUUAUUCUGAAACUUUUUAUAAAUCAUUGAGUGAUAAUAUAAAAAAAAUUAAUAAUGAUUAUUCAUAUGAAUCUAGAAAAAAGGAUUAUACAACAUUUAAAAAUAUAAAUAAUAAAUUUGAAUUAGCUUCAUGGAUAAAAAAUGAAUUUGUUAAAAAUGUAUCUUAUGAAAAAUAUUUCAAUAAUAAUAUUAUAUUUGGAAAUUGUUGGAGAAUAACUAUGAGAUUAUAUAAUAAUAAUAAUAAUAAUAAUAAUAGUAAUGAUUCAUUAAUAAAAAAAAUUUAUAAUAAAAAAAAAUUAUAUGAAAUAUAUUCAGAUACUAAUUUUUUAAAGGAAAUAGAAAAUAAACAAAAUAUUAGUUAUCCUUAUUUUGAUAAAAAAUGGAAUUAUAACUUUUCAUAUGAAAAAUCAUAUAAAAAGAUUGGAGGAUUAUAUCAAAUAAUAUGUGAAAAUGAUUAUAAUAAAAUUCAAGAAAUGUUAUCUCAAAAUAGUUUUUAUACAACAUCAUAUCCAUAUUUUAUACCAGCUGUUAUAUUAACAAAUUAUAAUAUAGCUACAGUUACAUUAGAUUAUUUAUUAUAUAAUCCUAUAUUAAAUCUUAUAUCAUAUAAUGCUUUAAAAUUUUCUUUCUUACCUAAUACUAAAACAUAUAAAGAAAUAGUUACAUUGUCAGCUUCAUGUAAUCAAAUCAAUUUGUAUUUCGUUGUUUCGUUUUUUGUAUUUCUUUGUAUAUUUAUUACGUAUAUAUUAAAAGAUGUGAGAACUUAUUUCCUGGUCGGUUUUAAUUUGUAUGUAAAAACGUAUAGUUGCAAAUUUAUGAUCAUAGUGUGUGUCUUAUUAAAUAUGUUAAGCCUAGGUAUUUAUGUUCUAUUUCAAUAUAAGGUACCCAAUUUAAAUGCUACAUAUGAAAAUGGGAAAUAUAAAAUAGAUUCCUUAUAUGCUAAUGCAAACUCAGAAAGUAUUGUAAAUAUGUUUUACGAUAUUGAACGAGUUAUAUUGUAUAUAGAAUGGACAAAAUACAUUUUUAUAUUUACAUGUUUCAUAACAUUUAUAUUUUCAUAUUAUUUAAUUAUAAAAAAUUAUGGUUUGUUAAUAAAAAAAUAUAAUAAUGUUGAGAAGAAUAUUAAAAAGGAUUUCUUAUAUCCUUGUUCUAUUUUAUUAAUCGUUGUUUUCAUAUAUUUAUGUAUAGUUUCAAUGUAUCGUUAUGAGGUCUUUAAUAUUUUUGAAAAUGAAAAUUGUAAUAUGCUUUAUGCUUAUAUUUUAAAUAUAUGUUUAGUUUUUGCAAACUUUCAAGGAUUUAAUAUAUCAUCAAUAAUAAAUGCAGAGGGAAAUAAUUUACCUUAUUUUUAUUUCAUCCCAACACUUUUUUUUAUAUUCACGAUUAUUUUUUCUUUUAUCUUUUUUUUGGCCAUAAAAUCAUAUAUUAAGAGAAAUAAGAAAAUGUACAAAUGGUAUAUGCGUCAUUUUAAAGAUAACAGACCUCUAAGUAAAGAUAAUAACACGGAAAAGGGAAUAAAAAUUCGAGCAUAUAAGAAAAGAAAGUCAAUUUACAACAAAAAUAAUGAGUAUAAUAAAAGUGAACGAACGGUAGAAACUAAUAUAUGUAAUGAUGAAAGAAGUCAAAACGAAAUAAAAAAAGAAAAAACAAAAGAAAAAAUAGAAAAAAAUGAAAAUGAAAAACAAGGUGAAACACAAAAAGAAAAUAUAAAAGAUGAAAAUAUAAAAGAUGAAUAUAUACAAGAUGAAUAUAUACAAGAUGAAUAUAUACAAGAUGAAUAUAUAAAAGAUGAAUAUAUAAAAGAUGAAGAUAUACAAGAUGAAGAUAUACAAGAUGAAGAUAUACAAGAUCAAAAUAUACACGAUCAAAAUAUACACGAUCAAAAUACGCACAAUAGAAAGGGUAACAAUAAAAACAUUUAUCAUAAUAAGAGUCAUCAUAAAAACAUACACAAUAAUAAUACCGUUGAAUACAAUUCCGAGGAAGAUGGCAAUAGCAAAUCCAAACUCAGCAAAGAUUUACCCCUAUCAGAUUUAAAGGAAGAUACAAUAAAAAAUAAUAACAGUAAUACUUCAAAAAAUUCAUAUGACAAUUCAGAAGAAAAUAAUAUAAGAAAUGUUGAAUAUAUGAACGAAGAUGGAAGCGAAUGUUACAAUUUUCCUUUAAAUAAUUCAAGUGAUUGUGAAAUAAAUGUAGACAAUAUAGAUAAAGAAUUAAAUUAUAAAGAUAUCAUAAAAUUAGGGAAAAAAUCGAAUACUAAUAAAGAGGUUUAUUCUUCCAAUAUGAUGGAGGAAAAUGAAGAAAAUAUUUUCCAAAUUGAAAAAUUUAUAAAUAUAUUUUUUAACUUGAGAAAUCGAUUUUUACCUUUUUCUUAUAAUGUAAAAAAAUAUAUUUUAAAGGAGUAUAAUAAAAAAACGAAGAAUAAAAAAAGUGAAAAAUUGAUUUGUUUUUUUUAUAUAUUUAUGGGUUUAUUAAUAUUUUGUAGUUUAUUCAUUAUAAAUAAUUUUAAGAAAAUAAGUGAAACAGAAAAUUUGUUAAAAUAUCAAAUUGAAAAUGUAAGUUACUUGAGUAGUGAUAAAUUAUUCACCAAUAUGAAAUUUUAUCACGAAAAUAAAAGUUUAAAUGUUAGUAUUAAUAAUGAAUAUUUAAAUUUCCAUAAAAUAAAAAACAAAAAUGAUAUUAUAGAAUGGAUAAAAAAUUGUUUUCCUGUAUAUUUGGAAAAUGGUACAGAUUUAUUUGGUAACAAUGCUAUAUAUCAUAAUUCAUAUAAAUGGAUAGAAAUAUAUGACUUAUUAUAUGGUAAAAUAUAUAUACGUAUGACAUCAAGAGAAGAAAUAAAUAUAAGUGAUAAUCUGAAUAAUAACAAUAAUAAUAAUAAUAAUAAUAAUAAUAUAAUAUGUAAUAAUAGACAAGAUAAAUGUUAUGCAUAUAUAAGAAAUGAAAAAAAUAUAUUGAAAAAUAAUUUAAAUGAUAUUUUAUCCCUUAUUGAUGAUUCUAUAAAAGAAUUAGAAAUAUCAUUUAUUUUAUCUGAUGUUGAUGAUCAUCAUAAUAUAUUAGUAAAAAUAAAUUUUCAUUUUACUUCUACUGGUUAUAUAUCAAAAUAUAUACAGUUUGAUCAUUUAUUUUUUAAUUCUUUUAAUAUAUAUCAGUUUAUUGGUGUAGUCGUAAAUUUUCUCUAUCUUAUUAUAUUAUUAUCUUUAUUAAUAGUUAUAUAUAAGUAUUAUUAUACAAAUUUUUUUUAUUUUUAUAACUUAUGCGUUAGUUCCUUGAAAGGUACUAUUCAUUCUAAUAAUAGUAAUAUGACACAUAUUAUGAAUACACAAAUGGAGAAUUUUAUGUACAGAAAUGAUAAUAAUAGAAGGAAUUUACAAAAUAUGGACAAUGCAAAUAAUUUCAAUGUAGUAAAUAUAAAUAAUAAUAAUAAUAAUGAUAAUAGUAAUAGUUAUAGUUAUGGUAAUAAUAUUAUGUUCGAUAAAUAUAAGGAUAAUAACAUGAAUAAUGAGGAGAUAAAUUAUUAUGGUCCUUAUUAUAAUGAAAAUAAUUUUACUUUAAACAAUAAUUAUAUUUCUAAUAUGAACUAUCAUCCUGAUAAUUUUUAUUCCAAUGCUAAUAUUAAUAAUAAAACAACAAAAUAUAAUUUAAGUUUGUUACUUCAUUUGAAAAUAUAUCUUACAUAUCUUUUUGAAUGUGAUAUUAUAAAAUUGUUUAUUUUUAUAUUACAUAUAUUAAUAGUCCUAUUUUGGCUAGCUUUGUGUAUAAAUAUAAAUAGAAUUUCUUAUUAUAAUGAAAUUUUAUUAGAUAGUUAUUUUGAUAUUCAUAUAAAUACCAUUUCCUUUUAUUCUAUUAUGAUUUAUAUUUUUUAUCUGUUUCUUUUUUUAACUAUUAUGAAUAUGUUUUUUUAUUUAUCCAAGUACGUUAAAAAUGAAGUUAUAUAUGAGGCUUUAUAUUAUAAUAGAUUGCAGAUAUUAAAAAGUGUCUUAUUAUUAUUAUUUGUAUGUUUUCAUUUUAUUAUUUUUCAUUAUUUCUUUUAUUACGGUAUAGAUAAUUAUCAAAAUCUAACAAUAUAUGAGCAUGUGAUAUAUUCAUUUUUAAUAUUAAUAGGUAUGGUAAAAAUGGAAAUAUAUUUAAAAUAUAGUACCUUAUAUUUUUUCGUUAUAAUAUUACCUCAUUUGAUUUUCAUACGUUUCCUUUUUAUAUAUACUCUUUUUGCCCCUAUAUUAUCUAGUUACAUAAUAAUAAAAAAAAACAGAAGCAAACAAAGUAAUAAUACAGAUAAUAUUAGUAGUGAUAAAGUAUAUAAUAUUGAAAGCAAUUAUGGUGACAGCAGUAUGUAUAAUAUGGAAAAUAUGAAUACUGAUUUUAUGUACAACAUUGACAAUAAUAAUAAUAAUAAAAAAAAAAAUAGUAAUAAUAAUAAUAAUGAUAUUAAAAAUAAUAAUAAAAAUAAUAACAAAAGAAACCUUAUAUAUAAAGAACAAAAAGAAAAUGAUACCAAUAAUCAAUAUGAUGAAGAAGAUUAUAAAGCUUUCAUAUUAACACGUUUAAGUAGUGAACAGUGGAAAGGUUUAAAAGAAGAAAUCAAAGAAUUUGCUAAAAUGGAAACAUAUAAUAUAUUGGUAUAUUUUCAAAAAUUUAAAAAUCAAAUAGAUAGUAAAAAAAUCAAUUUUAUGUCUACAAUAUUAAAAAAUGAAUAUACUUAUUUAAAUGAACAAAUAAAUAAUAUCAUAUUAGAUUUACGUAAAGUCGAAUUACAAUGGAAAUUUCAAAGCAAACUUGUUAACUCAUCUAAUGCAUAUAUAGAUAAAAUAAAUAAUCAAAUUGAUAUGAAUGAAGAAGAAAUUGUUGAAAGUAAAAGUAAACUUUCUUCAUUAAAGCAGUAUUUGCAAAAAGUCCAAAUGGACCCUACAAAAGAGCGGGACGAAUGA